UCCAUAUUUUACGGUUUUUCACUAUUACUAUUUUCUCUCUUAAAACCUGUGAUCUUAAAAGAAAGAAAGAUCUUGUUAUCUAAAAUAAUACCAGUUCCUUAAACUCAGGAAGAAAGAGAAAACGACAGAGACAAGAACGUGUGGGAGAUUCUCACCCUACUAAAACCUGUCCAAAAGGUGACGUACAAUUCAUUUUUAUCUCCUCUCUUAUGAGUCAUCUUCAAAAGAUUAUAUCUUAAAAGGAAUAUAGAGAUUUUGAGUCUUUUAGAGUUGGGGGUAAAAAAAUGUUGGAAGGGAAAGCCAAGGUGGAAGAGACAGACAUGCCAGUGAAGAUGCAAAUGCAAGCAAUGAGGAUUGCUUCUCAAUCCCUCGAUCUUUUUGAUGUCUUUGACUGUACAUCCAUAGCUGCUCACAUCAAGAAGGAGUUUGAUGAGAGAUAUGGAAGUGGAUGGCAAUGUGUGGUGGGAACCAAUUUUGGGUGUUUCUUCACACAUUCUAAAGGGACUUUCAUCUAUUUUCAUUUGGGGACUCUCAACUUCCUCAUCUUCAAAGGCGCCACUCUUUAGUCCUUUCGUCUUUAGUUUCUGAAUCCUUAACUCUCACAUCCCAUCCAUGUGUGCUAGGAGCUUUGUUUGUUUAGGAAGCUGUUCUUUUGCUUUUUGUAGAUAGAUCUUGUUCCCAAUAAAAU